CUUUCAUUAUUUUUUCACUGUGUCAUGUUGAUCAUCAUUAUUUCACUGAGAGUAAUUGGCUAUAUUUGAGAUUGAAGUUUGAAUCUCGUUUUGCUCUUGAGGAGUAUUGAAUGGGUGGUAAGAAAUAAAUAUGUGUGUAUGUUAAAUCCUGCUGAAUACUAUAAAGGUUGUGCUUGAUCAACAAUAUUUUCAAUUAUCAAACAUAUUUUGGAAGAGACAAUCCUAGAUUACUAUAACAUAGUUCUUAUAUUAUUCCAGGAAUUGAAUUUCAGAAGGGUACAGAAGUAGAAAAUGCAAUGAUAUUUGAGAAAAAAGACAUAGAAAUUACACCUACAAACGUUUCCGCUGUCAACCAUUUGAAAGAAUUUAGUAAGAAUUUUGUUUGUGAAAAUGAUUUUGUGCAAUAUCAUAAAUCUGAAGGGGAGAAGAGGCAGUUUAUUUGUAGAAUAUGUUCGAAAUCUUGUAAAAGAAAAGAUUUAUUGACAAAACAUGAGAAGAUUCAUACAGAGAGGAAGACACAGUUUAUUUGUAAAAUAUGUUCGAAAUCUUGUAAAAGAAAAGAUUUAUUGACAAAACAUGAGAAGAUUCAUACAGAGAGGAAGACACAGUUUAUUUGUAAAAUAUGUUCGAAAUCUUGUAAAAGAAGAGAGUUAUUGACAAAGCAUGAAAAGAUUCAUAUAGGUAAAAAAUCUUUUCACUGCAAAUUAUGUUCUAAAUCAUUCCUUAAGAGAGGAAACUUGGUUGUUCAUGAGAGACUUCAUACAGGUGAAAAACCUUUCCUGUGUAAAAUUUGCUGUACCUCUUUCAGACAACUAGCACAUCUGAAAUGUCAUGAAAGGACUCAUUCGGGAGAAAACCCGGUAGUUUGUAAAUUCUGUUUGAAAUUAUUUGCUAAUGGGGAUCAUUUGAAAGAUCAUGAGAAAAUUCAUUCAGAAAUACCCCAGUUAGUUAAUAGAUUCGAUGAAGAUAAUCCUAAUAUUUAUGAAGAAAAUAUGGAGGGUGACUUGAAAAUUUUAGAAAAAGAUAUUCAUGAAGUGAAUAUAAAAGACAAACCUACUAGCAAAGAUGUUGACGAGAGAGACAUCACACUAGAUGAAAAACCUUCUCUUGAGCUCAUUCCAGCAAUCCUCUCCAUGAAAAAUGGUCUAAAGCGCUAUAAUGAAGAGGUACACAAGUUGCCUCUCACUAUCUCAAAAAGAGACUAAACCCAUAAAUCGUACCUUACCUUAAAAAAAGGAAGAGUCAAGAAAAAAGGAAAUUUGAUGUCAAUGAAAAAUUGCACCAAAACAUGAGAGAUCAUGCAAAUAGAAAGAAAACAACUAAAAGCAGAAAAUGAAAUUUGAAGUAAUUUGCCCUUGCAGCAAAAGAUCGUAAAAGUUUGCCGAUUGGUCAGACCAUGCUUGAAGCUGUAGUUAAAAGUUGUGGAAAAUUCGAAUGUUCUCCUGGAAAUCAUAUGAAAACAGAAGAAAAUUGAAAAAAACGAUUAUGGUAGACUACGUAGUGUCUAACUCGAAGACUAUUUGGAGAUUGGCUUUAGUCUCUUUUAUGUAUUUUGAACGAUUACCUUCAUUAAACAAAUAUUUCUGUCUUCAUUUUUUCA